AUGGCUGAUGCCUUUGUGUCAUUUGCAGUUCAAAAAUUGGGUGAUUUCCUCAUUCAACAAGUUUCCCUGCGUAAAAAUCUGAGAAAGGAAAUUGAGUGGCUGAAAAAUGAGCUACUCUUCAUACAGUCUUUCCUCAGAGAUGCAGAACUAAAGCAAAGUAGAGAUCAAAGAGUUCAACAAUGGGUGUUUGAAAUCAACUCUAUUGCUAAUGAUGUUGUUGCUAUACUCGAGACUUAUAGCUUUCAGGCUGGUAAAAGUGCUAGUCGUCUCAAGGCUUGCGCUUGCAUAUGUAGGAAGGAGAAGAAAUUCUACAAUGGUUUCAUACCCAGAGGAGAAGAAAGAAUGGAGGAUGUCGCUGAAGGCUUCUUGAAUGAGCUGAUAAGACGAAGCUUGGUUCAAGUGGUAGAUACAUUUUGGGAAAGAGUUACUGAAUGUAGGGUUCAUGAUUUACUCCAUGAUCUUGCGAUACAAAAGGCAUUGGAAGUAAACUUCUUUGACAUUUAUGAUCCAAGAAGCCACUCCAUAUCCUCUUUAUGUAUCAGACAUGUGAUUCAUAGUCAAGGAAAAAGGUACUUCUCACUUGAUCUUUCUAACUUGAAGUUGAGGUCAAUUAUGUUCUUCGAUCCAGAUUUUUGUAAUGUGUUCCAACAUAUAGAUGUGUUCCGACAUAUAUAUGUGCUGCACUUGAAUAUUAAAGAAGUUGGUUAUAUACCUUAUGCCAUAGGGAGUUUGUACCAACUCAAGUUCUUAAGAUUUAGAGGUAUCCAUGAUCUUCCCUCGUCCAUUGGCAAUCUCAAGAAUCUACAGACACUUGUCUUCGAUCCGGUCAGAUACACUUUCCAACUACCAAGCGAGACAGUUGACCUGAUAAAUUUAAGACAUUUAGUUGCUCGGUAUUCAGAACCUCUGGCACAUAUAAGCAAACUCACUAGUCUUCAAGUUCUUGAAAGAGUUUGUUGUGAUCAAUGGAAAGAUGUUGACCCUGUUGAUUUAGUCAAUCUUCGAGAAUUAAGCAUGCUUGAUAUUAGGAAAUCUUACUCCCUAAACAACAUUAGCAGCUUGGAAAACCUUAGCACUCUCACAUUGUUUUGUAGAGGUGAUGAAUCAUUCCCAUCCCUUGAAUUUGUUAAUUGUUGUGAAAAGCUACAAAAAUUGUGGUUAAGAGGUAGAAUAGAGAAACUGCCUCAUCUGUUUCCAAAUUCCAUCACAAUAAUGGUUCUUCAGAACUCAGGACUGACAGAAGAUCCGAUGCCUAUAUUGGGAAUGUUGCCAAACCUAAGGAAUCUCGAUUUGUUUAGAGCUUAUGAAGGAAAAGAAAUAAUGUGCAGUGAUAGCAGCUUCAAUCAACUAGAGUUCCUUAUUCUUUAUGGUCUUGAGAACCUAGAAAGAUGGGAUUUGGUCACAAGUGCCAUGCCUCUGAUUAAAGGUCUUGGUGUCGAUGACUGUCCAAAUUUAAAGGAGAUUCCAGAGAGAAUGAAAGACGUGGAGCUGUUGAAGAGGAAUUAUAAUAAGUGGUGAAGGUUUUCAAGCUAUAUAUAUAUAUAUAUCAUGUCUUCAUAAUCGUAGAGGUAUUGAUGGGGGCAUUUCUGCCAAGCACUUGAAGACACUGGUUAUUAAUUUCAGGGCUGUCAGUGAGAGUGGUUUUAGUGUAAUUGGUUUGAACAUAAUUGUUUUUGCCAAAAAUGAUUUUGUGAUGCUUUAAUUAAUUGGUCGACUGUAUGUUCUCUUGCUUAUCCACAUUUAAGACGAUGCUUUAUAUGUUAAA